GAAUUUCCUUGCAAGUUGCGCAUGCGUUGCGCUCGACGGAAUCUUCCACGUUAUUGGAGGUGGCUCCGCGCUGGUUUAUUCCCCUACGAAGUUUCAUUUCGAUUGCUACGAUUGGAUAUAAUAGCUGAGUUUCAUGGAAGGACAUGCGUGCUGCAGGUUGAGAUUUGUCCAUGCGGGCAUAAGUUUCGUUUGAGGUUCCUUCUUCAACUGCUUGAGGAGACGACUCAGGAUGGCUGCGUUUCCCUAAGUACAGCAGGAGAUACCAAUAAAUCCCGCACUGGCAGUCCCAAACUUCAGAAAGCCACCCCACAAUUUUUCACCGGCAGAGGUAGCUAUUUUAUCAAGGGUUUGCUCAUCGAGAAAACCUGAGAGGGAGAUGCCCGCCAAAGGGACGCGUUGUCCGGCUGCAGUCCGUGCGAAAGUGUUGAGGAGAGCGGUACUCUCGACAGGGAACAUGAUGUGGUCCCUGGAGAGAUCUUCCUGGGAAUAAAUUCCACUAUCAGCAAGAUGCUCAACGUCAACAUAUUUCCAGACGGGUUUAGUCAUUGGUUCUAAGGUCUGAGGUGACAGUACUGCAGCAGGUUAGGAGUAAGACUUAUCCAGCCUCCUUUUAUCUGAUACAUAACAGGUAUGAGAGGGUUGCAGUCGAUCGGCG